AUGCGUUUGGCAUUACGACAGAUUCGUGUUAUGAACAGAUCGUUGGAACAAAAUGUGCUUGAAACAAGGAUGUCUAUGCGACAUCAGCGGAUGCUCUUCUGCAACAUGAAGUGGACUGAUGUUAAACUACUACGUUUGGCCUCUAGUAAUAGCAGAAAUGUUGCAAAUGUGCGUGAAGUUUUCCGGAUCAAACGAGUAAAAAUUGAGAGUCAGCAUUCUCAAAAUGGCGAUGACACAUCGAAUAGUUGCCUUCUGCUCGAAGUGCAUAAUUCAGGUCAACCCUCCCAGCAAGGAACAUCAUCACUUCGAGUACCACUGAUCUGGUUACGGGAUCACAGUCGUGAUUCAAGCUCUUUUGAUCGAUCAACUAACCAACCAUCGAUCCAUCUGGAACUUGUUUGUAUGCAUUGUUCGUCAGUCCUCCUGGAACAGAGCGAUGAGAUCAUUGGUGACGGAGCUAUCGCUCUAUCACUUCANGCAAAGUCAAACUUCAGAAUGUCUGAAUUUGUUUCGUUGUUUGUGCAAUACGGUAUUGUAAUGAUUUCUGGUGUUGAUCCAGUCAAUCCUGAGGCUACACGACGGCUUUGCGAAACGAUUGCUCCAUUGCACAACACUUUUUACGGAGAUUUUUGGACAUUCGGCAAUGAGGAUGAUAACGAAUCGAAAACCACUAAGAGUAAUGAUGAUGAACAGCAAUACGAAGAUACGGCUUAUGGCAAUGAAGAGAUAGGACCGCAUACCGAUGGUACAUAUUUUGAUGCGACUCCUGGAAUUCAAGUACAUCUCACUUCGCAAUUUUUUUCCUCUCGCUUUUCCAACUCAAAUUACUCUUCUAAACAAGCUGAUGUUAAGAUCAAUGUUCUGUAUAAAAACGAUUAUUGCAAAAUUAACAUAGAAUUUCUCUGUCAGACUUUCAAAAGGUCCUACGAAUAG